CGGGGGCUUUAACGGUUCGUUUCGACCGUUGGGCGGGCGGAGCGUUGCCGAGGGCCUCGCGCUACGGGCGAGUGCUGAGGGCGGUUCUCAGCUCCCCGGUCCGGAGGUUUCUGGAGUGAUUCCCGCGGCGGUGGCGCCGCAGCGCGCUCGGCGACUUGGAAGUUUUGAAGAUACGUGCUGGGACCCAGCCCAUGUCUAAAUAUGCAGGCUGUGAAUACACUUCUGAAAAACUUUGCCAAGUGCUCUGCCUUUCACCUGGCUGUGCGACAUGGGGUGAAAAAGGACUUGUUUCCACUCCAUAGAACUCUGGUCUUAUCACCUUGCUUGAAGGAGGGUGCUUCGCACAGCRCCUCUGAAAAGCUGGAUUUAGACGAGUGGAAGAAGGUAAUGAAAUCCGGGGUGCCGGAAGCCAGCRAGGCAGGGUCUGAGCACAAGGAGCUCUCCACUGUGGCUGCUGCGCGUGAGGCUGUGGAGAUGUGGAGACUGGCUGGCAGGGCAGUUCCUGAAAAUAUCAGUGAUGACCAGCUAAAAACCUUAAUGGAGUGCCCUUCUAAGGCAUCUAAGAAGAAAUAUUUGAAGUUCUUGUACAUAAAAGAACUUUACAAGAAAAGUGACAAAAGAAAGAUGGAAGAGAAAAGGGAAAGAAGGCUGGAARCCCAGGAGGAGAGAGAUUCAAAACCAGAUGAGAUCAAAAAGAAUUCAUUCACCUGCUUGUGGACCAAUGCUAUGGAUAGAACAUAUAACUGGAGGGUCGCUCAGUCUAUGAUCUUUGGCCAGCCUCUAGUAUUUGACAUGUCUUUUGAAAGUGAUAUGUCACCCAGAGAAGUAGCCAAUACGGUUAGACAGAUAGUAUUCAGUGAAAGUUCUAACCGAAAAUCUGUGGAUCCUUUCCACAUUCACUUCUGUAACUUCCAAGAUAACAGCCAGUACCACAGGGAAUUCAUCAAGCAUUACAGACAGGCAUGGGACAAAUUACUUAUCACUGUGACAGAGCGGUGCUACACGGAAGUGUUUCCGAAGAACAAGAUCAUCUAUCUGACAGCUGAUUCCCCCAACGUCAUGAAGACAUUUGAUCACGAUAAAGUCUACAUCAUUGGCUCAAUGGUUGACAAAAGCAUCAAGACAGGAGUUUCUUUAGCACGAGCAAAACGGUUGGGGCUGGAAACUGCCAGCCUUCCACUGGAGAAGUACUUGCUUUGGAAUACAGGUGCUAAAAAUCUCACGUUGGAUCAAAUGAUGCAUAUUCUAUUAACGCUGAAAGAUACUGGAGACUGGAAGAAGGCUCUGGAAUUUGUGCCAAAAAGGAAAUAUUGUGGCUUUGUAGGCAAGUCUGUGAGUGAUCUGAAAAAAGGCUUAAAUCUGGUGAACGYGCUUAAACUUGGAAAGAAACAGGAAGUACAAAAAAGGCAAUUUGCCAAGAACUACUCUAAGAAGCUUAUACAGAAGUAGGGUGAUUAGGAAGAGAAUGAAAUUUAGAGAUAAAUUAUGCUCUUGAAUACUUGUGUUCUCCUGCUGUAGUCUUUCAAAAAUGUUUUUGUUAGUCUUGACAGACUAAUUUGACAGGACUGAUGUUUUCUUUAUUAGUAUUACAGCUGUUUGUGUAUAUUCUCAGAUUUAUUGAAACUGUGUAAAAAAAAAAAAAAAAAAAAGCGAUAAUCUGCUCUCCAGACUGAACCAUUAAAAGAAGGUAAAUAUCUUCCA